CCAAGCAUUAGGCUAUUGACAAACGAUUUAUGUGAAAUUAUGGGUUUGCUUCUUUUACCCACCAUUUUUUGGGGCAUCACUAUCUCCAGCGGACACUCGAACGGUCUCAGCGGGGAUACUUUGCUGACAGCUAACCCCUCACCUCACACGGAUCUUGUCUCGGAUCGAGAUAGGCAACAUGGUGAACAAGUGUCCCUGCUCCCUGCACCGUAUAGGUCGCUGCCGAUGUUCCAGCAUUCCAGGAUUCCUUUGGUGGCAAAAGAAAACUUUUCACCAUUACGCGGGGAGGGAAACGAAAAACUUCCAAAUGACGUCAAGGAGCUUUUGCUGCCUGUCUCUCCCCCUGCGAAGAAAGUACGACAUUCAGAUGGGCCGCGAGGGAUAGUUAUCCGUUGUAAAGUGAACAAAAUGGAAGUGAAGGUGCCGAAGAGACUUUUGGGCUACGCACCUUUCCACGCGCAUCUCACAUUUGGCACAUGUCAGCCCAACAACUUUACCAAACACUACUUGUCUUUCCAGUACGACGUCAAUGAGUGUGGAAGUAAGAGAUCGAUGGUCAACAACCGUGUGACAUACUCUAACACUCUCCAGUAUACUCCCAUAGUCGCCAUGGGUCCAAUAAAACGUGUGAUUCCCUUUGCACUGCCCAUCACUUGCCACUUCAACAGGUUUCACUACUCGUACAAGAUUGGCUACAAACCAAAGGUGGAGACGCUGAGACUUUAUAAACCCAUGACCAGCCAGCCGAGCUACACCCUCACGCCUUUCGAUGCUCAGUGGCGUAAGGUCAACGCCUCAGAUGGGUAUGCCCUCGGGCGUCCUAUGUUCUUUGAAGCAGAGGGCCCCCCAGUGGUCCAGGAUGGAAGGCUUUAUAUCCAGUCCUGCCAUGUAACAGCCAGCCCGUCGCACACCUCUGAACCCAGAUUCACAGUCAUCGAAAAAUAUGGGUGUAUGAUUGACAGCAAAAACAGCAGCCAGUCCAGAUUCAUUUCCUAUGGCAGGAAUACCAUAAGGUUCUCCGUGGAUGCUUUUGUAUUCAGCGGGGCAUCUAACAAGCACAUGUUCAUGCACUGCGAGAUGUCCAUGGGGACCACGACGCCAACAGAAAGCGAGAAGUCCUGCUCCUACAACCACAAAACCAGGCGGUGGGAGGAACUCCAUGGUAUGGAUUCAGUGUGCUCUUGCUGUGAGUCAAGAACCUGCAGCUCUUCACCAGCAAGUACUAACAAGAUGGUGUCCAGUGGGUCGUGGUCCGUGGAUCCGGAGGUCAUAGAGGCGGGUGAGGGGGCCUCUCCCGUGUGGACGGGAAUAGAAGAGCGUGAGCUGAUGUUUUCUUCUCUAUGGCGUGAGGAGGAGGAGGAGGAGCCAGUGCUGGGCGCCGUCCCGGAAGUCACAGUGACUGAAAGCGAUCCAAUGAGAAACUCCGUAGAGGAGACUGAACCACGCCGGAUCUUUGAGAACAUCUUUGGGUUCAAUUGAUUUUUUUUUUUUUGAGUGUGUGUAUAUGUUUGUUUCAUCUUUUGUUUCUUAAUAUUUCAAUAGUUUAUUACUUAUUUUAUCCCUGUACAGUGCUGUCGUCAAUGUAAAUAAUGUAAGUAAUGUAUAGGUUUUCGGUUUUUAGUUUUAAUUGGUGUGGUUCUUCUGAUCUAAUCAAAGCCAAUACAUCUGUUCAAUUCUA